UGUAAGUGUCUCCGCCUGUCCGCGGGGAGAGGUGGUAAUCCGGGGCAAUCCGCAGCCGGGUGGACUGUGGGGACCCCAGGCUUGCGCCCAGGGUGCCGGUCCUCGCCGUCCGCGUGCCUCGUCGCCAUGCCCCGGAAAAUUGAGGAAAUCAAAGACUUCCUGCUCACCGCCAGGAGAAAGGACGCCAAAUCUGUCAAGAUCAAGAAAAACAAGGAUAAUGUGAAGUUUAAAGUUCGAUGCAGCAGGUACCUUUACACCUUGGUCAUCACAGACAAGGAGAAGGCAGAGAAGCUGAAGCAGUCCCUGCCCCCAGGUUUGGCAGUGAAGGAACUGAAAUGAAUCAGGCAGGCCGAUUUGAACUGCAUUAAAGUGUUUACAAAGCC